AUGCGGCGAAGACAGCCGACUACACUCUACUGUACAGCCGGGGCGGCAGCUGGGAAACACCGCGGCUUGGACUGAGGCCUUCGUCCUGGAAAUGGGAGAGACCGGCGUCGAGAAGAUGAAUUCGGAAAAUCUACGAGAAGAUGGUAACAAGCACUUUAAAUCUGGGAACUAUGAAGCAGCAAUAUUGUGUUAUACAAAUGCAAUCAAAAUAUCUAGCGAUAAGCAGGAUGCAGCGGUACUACACCGAAACCGAGCCGCCUGCCACCUGAAACUGGAAAACUACACAAAAGCAGAGGAAGAUGCAUCAAAAGCUAUAGAGGUGGAUGGCGGUGAUGUGAAGGCCCUGUUCAGGCACAGUCAGGCCAUGGAGAAACUGGGGCGCAUAGACCAGGCCAUCCUUGAUCUUCGCAGGUGUUUGACGUUGGAACCCAAAAAUAAAGUAUUUCAGGAUGCUGUAAGAAACCUGGGAGUCCGGGCACAGGAAAAGGUGCAGCUCAUGUCCUCCACAGAUUCCCGAGUGGACCAAAUGUUUUGCAUCUUGCUCGACCCCGAUGAGAAAGAUGUUGAAAAGCAGCAGAAGGCGGCACAGAAUUUGGUGGUCUUGGCUCGAGAAGAUGCCGGAGCAGAGAAGAUUUUCCAGAGUGAUGGAGUCCGCCUCCUGGUACGACUAUUGGACACUAAGAAAGCAGACAUGAUGUUGGCUGCUCUGAGGACUUUUGUUGGUCUCUGCACUGGUCAUCAGCCUCGAACAUUGGCUAUCCUUCAUGCGGUGAGUAUGGAGAAGUUUUGUGCAGUGAUGGCAGUGGAUGAUGAGCCAGUAUCUCUUGCUGCAUGCACCGUCCUCAAUACCAUGUUUGAUACUCUGAAAGAAGACAUGAAAAAGGAUAUCCGAGCAAAGGAAGGAGCAAUUAUUCAAGAUCCCUCUAAGGAACUGAAGUCAAUGAUUCAUCACCUGCUUGAGAUGCUAACUCAGGCAAAUGUGUCCUCACACGGCAGAGAGAAUUCUCUUAAUCUUCUCAUAAAAGUGGUACCACGGAAGUCAUUGCGUGAUACCAAUAAUGGAAUGACCUUGUGGGUCAUUGAUCAAGGUUUGAAGAAAAUCCUUGAAAUAGGAAGCUCCCUAGUGGAGAUCCCAGGCAGCCUGUCCAUUACAGAGACCACCAGAAUGAGCGCUUCUGUCCUGCUAAAUAAGCUCUUUGAUGAUCUCAAGUGUGACGCAGAGAGAGAGAAUUUCUACAAGCUUUGUGAAGAUUAUGUUCGGAGCUGGUUUGAAGGUCACGGUAUGGAUGGGAAACUACGAGCCAUACAAACUGUCUCCUGCUUAUUACAGGGCCCAUCUGAGGCUGGGAAUCGGACUCUCGAACUUACAGGCAUAAUGGAGAGUAUUAUAGCUCUGUGCGGUUCAGAGCGGGAGAUUGAUCAGCAGGUGGCAGUUGAGGCAUUGAUCCAUGCAGCUGGCAAAGCUAAGCGAGCCUCCUUCAUCACUGCCAAUGGGGUGACCUUACUCAAGGAUAUUUACAAGAAAAAUGAAAAUGAUGCCAUCCGUAUAAGAGCCUUGGUGGGUUUGUGUAAACUGGGAUCAGCAGGUGGCACAGACUUCAGCAUGAAACAGUUUGCAGAAGGAUCUACUCUCAAGCUGGCUAAACAAUGUCGCAAGUGGUUGUGCAAUGAGAAUAUUCAGGCAAGCACCCGCCGAUGGGCAGUGGAAGGCUUGGCCUAUCUAACAUUUGACGCUGAUGUUAAGGAGGAAUUUGUAGAAGAUAAAGCAGCUUUACAGGCCAUGUUCAGUUUAGCAAAGUCACAAGACAAGACUGUCCUUUUCGCAGUUGCAUCCACCCUGGUGAACUGUACAAACAGCUAUGAUCGUGAAGAAAUAGACCCACAGAUGUUGGAACUGGCAAAGUAUGCCAAGCAGCAUGUUCCUGAGGAGCACCCGAAGGAUAAGAAAGAAUUUGUGGAGGCACGGGUGCAGAAGUUACUGGCGGCAGGAGUGGUGUCUGCUCUGACAUGCAUGGUGAAAAAUGAAAGUCCUGCACUAACUGAUUCCUCAAGGGAACUGAUAUCCAGGGUCUUUUUGGCUUUGGUUGAAAAAGCUGAAGAACGAGGAAACGUUGUAGCUCAAGGAGGAGGGAAGGCUUUAUUACCACUUGCAUUAGAAGGAACAGAGACGGGGAAAACCAAAGCAGCGCAAGCACUGGCCAAGAUAACAAUUACAUCAAACCCUGAAAUCGCCUUUCAGGGUGAAAGGAUAUAUGAGGUUGUCCGGCCAUUGGUCAGCCUUCUUCACCUAAACAGGACCGGCCUGCAGAACUUUGAGGCACUGAUGGCAUUAACAAACCUAGCAGGAAUCAGUGAGAGGGUGAGAGGUAAAAUCAUCAAGGAGAAGGCAGUGCCCAUGAUUGAGGGUUAUAUGUUUGAAGAACAUGAACUGAUAAAAGCAGCUGCAACUGAAUGUAUGUGCAACAUGGCCAUGUGUGAAGAGGUUCAGGACCUGUUCAUGGCAGAGGGAUCCGAUCGCCUGAAACUAGUCGUCUUAUACAGUGGAGAGGAUGACCAGCGACUACGUCGUGCAGCUGCCGGGACUGUUGCUAUGCUGACUUCCCUGCAGCCCAAGAUUUGUCAAAACAUUCCACAAGUGACUGCUCACUGGCUGGAGAUUUUGCAGUCUCUGCUUCUCAGUGAGAACAUAGAGCUGCAGCAUCGAGGUGCUGUCAUCGUCCUGAACAUGAUCACUGCAGACAAGGAGCUGGCACAGAAACUGAUGGAAAGUGAGACAUUUGAGAUCCUGACUGUUCUUGCAAAGAAUGAAGAAGAUGAAAAGAAAAGAUCGGUAGCACAAGUGGCACAAAAGAGUCUGACCACAGCUGUAGAGUAUGGAUUAAUUAUGCCCAAUGUGUCUGCACAGUCUGACUAAGGAUUGGGGACCGUGCAUGGUACGUUCUGUGUGAUACUCCCAUUGGCAGAGUCAUAAGAUGGU